AUGGAUGUGGAAAAGGGUCGUCGUGGGUCCAAGGGUUUGAGCACUCUGGAAAAGUGUCUGAUUUUUCUCUUUCUGGCCAUGACAGGCACCUGCAUCGGCCUGGUGGUUGUCUACUUUGUUGACAAAGAUGACUCCACCACAAACGUCGAGGGUGAGUGCAGAAAUUGUGUUCAUGUGCUUAAAAUACCAACAUGUUCCUGAAGUAAAUUACUUUGUUGAAUUUUUUUAAUAAAUUAUCUUUAUACGCUUACUUUUUGAGGGUAGGGUUCAUAUUCAGAUACCAUUAAAAAUCAUCUUAAAUGGCCAGACAUGACAUGUAUACUGUAAAAGGCAACGACAUUUUAGUAUUAUAUGGCUCCAUAUUUUCAGAAAGCACUGAAGUGUUUUUUUAUCCCACAAGUUCAGAGGCAUCUCCUUGUAUUAAGACAGAGUACAGCAGCUGUGAGGGACUGAAACAAGCAGCUACAGUGAAAAAUAUUGCUGGAAAUAUUGAGUGAGAGUUUCCUGAGGCAACCGCUUCAGUGUCUGAGCGAUAUUGCAAAGCAAAAUUUGUCUACCCAGAAUUGCAGUCAUCUUUGAUUGAUGAAAAAUACCGCUAUAUUGUUCCACUCAUACUCACUGCACAAAACAUGAACUAGAUGACAAAUGAUCUAAUGAAUCAAAGUCCAAUGUUGCACUUAGGAGGACAGGCCAAUACACAGAACCAAAAAGAAGGAAAGAUUGUCUAAAGUGUGCUUUUGCAAAAUCAGCUCUGACAUUAACAUUUUAAUUUUUAUACUGUCCAAUAUGUCUGCAUAAAAUUUGAGUUCUUCCAAAUGUCAUUUAUAUUUUACAAAAUGUUGAUCAAAGCUGUAAGGCUGCUGUUGUCAGACAUGCUGGUGGUGGUCAACAACUUUGGAUAUUUGGAUAGAUAUUCACGGCCCCUGAGGAUGAUCACUAAAGACUCCUCUGGAUUACUGCCAGUUACUGAUGAUAAUUAAGAAUUAAAUUAUUACAUUUUGGGAAUAAAGCUGUAAAAAGCUACAUGCAGGGGUGUCAGCAUGAGGGACAGAGGUGUCUGAGUCCUGAGUCUGCAGGGCCCUGAUUGUAGAGAAACCCCAAAGGGAUAAAUCUCUCAAUCUCUGAUUUCUUUCUAUAUAAAUGUACUAUUUUAAAAACUACAUAUUGCGUACAAAUAAUGGAAAAAUGAAAACUGUAUCAUUACUUCAACAUACAGCUGCCGCCUAUACAGUAAUUUACAUGAUAAUAAUGUGUCAUCCUGAGUUGUGUUUACAAUACGAGGAGGACAACAGAUGAAAGCUAUUAUGCUAAUUCCUUCAUAUUUAUAUUGAUGUGUACUACAGAAAUGCUGAUUGAUGUGCACUGUCCUUAUAAUAAUCGUCAAAUAAAUAAAUCUGUAUUACUCUUUCCCUUCCAUUAUUCCUCCUCUAUAUCUGUUUUCUUUAGCAUUCAAUAACCCAUGAUUUUAUUCAUGUUUAAAGCAGGAAAUCACACUUCAGAAGAGAGAGAGAGAGAGGGAGAGAGAGGGAGAGAUAGAGAGAGAGAGGGGAGGGGGUGAAAAAUUCAUGCUGCCUUGUUUUCUUUAGAAACUGAAGAGGGUGAUUUGUUUGUGAGUGCAUCAGAGGAGUAAAGUGGUUAAACCUUUAUCAGUCUGAGCGAAUUGCUUUUAGCAUCAAACGUAAUCAGAGUCUGCACCUGUCUUUAGGAUAAGUACCUGAUAGCAGUGAUGAGCUUUACUCCAAUGUUAUUUAUUCUCACAUUAUUCCAGUUUUUGUGUCCUCGUUAAUGUAACAAAUGGAAAAAGCAGUCUGUCUUUAUGGAAAAGCACAUUAAAAGGAUCAUUGCCCCCCAAAAUGAGUGGGUGACAUAACAGAGAAACAUCACAAUUAUGUUGAUAGGUAUGUGUUGCGUAAUGAUAAACGACGUCCAGUUAUCUUAUUGGUAGAUACAGCUGCACUCUGAGCUGAGAAACACAAGCUGCUGCUGCCACAAGAGAGGAUAGCCUGUCGCUACUGUGGAUGAUGACAUACUGUAUAAUCAAUGCUGUUGCCAGGGAUUCAUCAUUGAUUUUAAUUUUCACUGCAGACACCAUAUGCUGAAUUUUAGUGCUCUGGAUUUAACAGUGCUAAUACUCCAACUUAACCGGCAUUAUAGAAUUUCUGUACUUACAUUUGCAGUCCCCCAAGGAUAAAUCCUACUAUUGUUAAACACUUAAUGACAGAGAUAGCAGGUCAGGUGUUCUGGGAAAAUAUCUCCCUCUAUGAGGCUGUUACCUGUUGCCUCUCACCUAGAUGCCCUUAUUAUACCUGUGUACUUAUAUGAUGUCAUCAAGGUAGGUUAGGAUUUUUACAUCCUUCGCAUAAAGAUUGGUAAUGCCUUCGUCAUCUGCUCUAAACUCACAUUUAUGAUGCUUAUUAGCAACGCCUAGAAAGUCGGCAUGUCAAACUGUGAGGAAAUAUACAGCUGAGUGUGAAGGACACCUCACCACAACACAAAACUUGAUAUUUUAGCACUUUUGCUCAACAGGGUCAGAAAUACCAGUAUUCUGAAUCAUUUGUGCAUGAAACUGGGUCUGUUAUAAAGACAGGCAGCUCAUGCUUGGCUCUCUAACUACAGUUAGAUCUCAGCUGGAGUUUAAAUGAACAAAACGAUCCAUUUCCCAAAUUUUAAUGCAGAUCGCUGGCUGCUCUUUCAGUAUUAUCCUAUAUAUGCUAUCUUGUUUGCCUACAUAUACAUUUUUUGUAUUCUUUUAUCCAAAUUAAAUUUGAAUAAUAGAAACAAUGCAGUAAAAUGAAAGUCUAAAUUAUGGUACAAGCAAGCUAUUUUAAAUUCCCUAUAUACAAUGUGGCCUUCAGCUCAGCAAAUUUAGGAGAUGACACUGGUGGCGGUGUUUGUUCCUUUUUUUCUUCAUGUGCAGCUCUAUUAACCAUAACUUUAAGUGGCUGUGAAGAAUGUGUGUCCUUUAUAUAAAACAAAUUUGGUUUCUGAAGUAGUCAAGCUCCACUAAUCUAAAAAAACAGCUGUUUUGGUCUUGGCUCUUUAAGUUUGCAUUGCAGGUACACUUCGCCAAAAUGGUGAGGAAUACUUGUUUCCUGAAACAUUUUGUGUGACGUCAUAUGAAUGUGGUUACAGAGUUUGGGGGUUAUGGGCUUUUAGCAGUGAUUGACUAGAGAUUAAUGUUAUUAUCGUGUAGUUUAUUCAAUUGCUAACAAGUAUACGCACGAUCACAAAUUUCUAAAUGUUUUUCUUUGACAAUCCUAGGGCCGGAUUCUGGCUGUGGUAGUCCUCAGGAGCUGUCCGGAGAGUCCGGCACGUUCACCAGUGCUCACUAUCCCAGCCACUAUGACAAUGGCAGGAGCUGCAGCUGGCACAUCACUGUGGAUCCUGAUAAGGUGACACAGAUACGCGUCAUGGCUCACUUUCAACCCCAAAAGAGCAUUUUUUGUGUAGUCUAUUGCUGUCAACAGUGUAGUAAACAAUAAGAAGAUAUAUAUGAAACAGGCUUUGACUUCUUUUGUUACCACCAGUGUUGUUAAUAAAAAGAAAGUACAGUGAGUUGUACAUACGAGACAUAAAAAGGUAGAGUCUGCCAAUAAGCAAACGCUGUCCUGUAAUGGUCUGAAAUAAUUCUCCAGAUUCAAGGCAUCCUUGUUUUUUUUUUCUUUUGCAUGAGGAUACUGAUGAAAACACUUCUCUGACGUCUCGAUUUCACACAGGGUCUUUUAAGUUGUUCCUGCUUGGUGUCUAAUGAGCAGAGUUUGUCACGUAACUGUUGGGGGAACUGUUUUAUGUAAGGCCAAGCAGUGGGGGACAGCUGGGAUUAUUGCAGCAGCAGCAGCUUCUUGGACAGAUGGCUGCCUUGUCUCCUCCGUUCUCCUCCCAGCUCUCUUCUCCACACCCACGAAGAAAAGAAACUGUACUUUUUUCUCUGUGUUAGCAUGGCUGCCUCCCUGCCUGUCUUUAUCUUUCUUUUAGUAUCUUUGAACUCACAUGGAGAAACACACACUUCCUACUACAGCCGUACAUCACGCACAGACAGGAUUGCACAUACUCUCGCGUUUGCACAUGCGUACACUUUCUAUUGGACUUCCCUGCCAGCAGCUCUCCCCUCUUAUCAGCUUUUCAGUUUUAUAGAGGAAAAUAAAGAUGUAACCCCCUUUAUUUUCUUCUGCAGGUGAUCCAUCUGUGGUUUGAGGACUUUGCUUUGGAGGAAACCCAGCUCUGCACAGGAGACUUGAUCACACUGAGAGACUCCCUUGGCACCAUUGGUUGGUUCAAGGUUUAUUUGAUUUCUUAAGAUCAAUAAAUAUAAAUACUUAGAUCUAUUUAGAUUCGAUACAUCACUCUUUCAGUUUGCAGUGGCAGCUUUGAUGCCCUGUCCAAAUCAGUCCAUCCAUCCAUGGACAGACACGGCUAGAGUGCCAGACAGCUCUGCUGGUCCACUGCACACUGCUCUACUUACAGAAACACACUCUUAUCCACUAGUUCCCAAACCAGACCACAGAGUUUAAAGUGGUGCACUUGGUUCCCAGUUUUCUUGAUCUCUAUUUGUUGUUGUCUCUUAAUUAUUUACAGGCAAUUAAACCCUUGGGCUAGCCAGACUAGGCCACACAUUGACAAAGGGGGUCACAUUUGUAAGACCAGAGAAAAUGUAACAAAACUUAAAUGUAAGACACAGCCCUGGGCCAGAAUACACUAAAUGAUUCACUGGGACAUAUAAAUGCAAUUUUAAAAAACUUAAAAUAUAUUGAAGAGUGAAAAAGUCAUUUUCACUAAUGCUUUAACAGUACACAGACAUAAAAGUAUUAUGGGAACACAUAUUAUCACAAAUACAUGCUGAGUAUUUUAUUAUACUGUAAUCUUCAUCAAAAGGAGAAUGAUUGAUUUGUUUGUCCUUGCAUCACUUCACAGGGUUGGUUUGUUUGAUUCAGUGGUCACUCUGUACUUCUUUGUGCUCUGUUGAAUGUGUUUGUGAUUAUUUUGCAUUUCUUUGUGGUUGUUUCAGGUCUUUUGUAAUUUUUUGCACGACUGGUUGGUCUACAUCUCUCUGUGAUCUUUCAUUCUGCAUACUCUGUUGUUUUGUAGCUCUUUGUGUUCAUUUUUUUCGCUACAUUUUUUAUUUCUUUGUGUGAUAUUUGAUUUGAUUUGUUAACUCUGUGCAUUCUUACAAUGAUGUAAUUUUUACAGUCUCUAAAUGAACCCUAAAAUAUAUAUAUUGUUUUACCUGCAGGUAAAUACUGUGGCUACACUAAACCAAAGCCAGUGGUGUCACUUACAAACCACCUGACAGUGUACUUUGAUGCCAAUGACAGAAUAACAGACCAAGGAUUCAAGGCUCAUUACAGAGCUGUGGCUCCAACCCUCGCACCAGGUAAAAAAAAAAAAAACAAAGAUGAGUGGAAAUCCAUUUCAGAAAGAAAAUUGCCUCGACUCUGGUGUAAUGCUGGAUGUGUGUCUUACAUUGACCUAGAAAGUAAAUGCUAUAGUAAUGGGUACAGGUUGAAGAGAGGGAUAGGUGAAGGGAAAUGAAUAUGGGGUGUGAGGGUAGGGUUGGUUUAUUGUGGGCAUAGGUGAGGUGUAUGUGAAACUCAAGUGCCCUUCAUCCCUCCUCACAGAAAUAGCCGGAGCCGGUGGCUUUCUCCAAGGUGACCAGGGAGAUCUGAUGACCCCUGGGCAGAACUAUGAAAAUGGAGCACUGUACCAGGUAUCCUCACACACAGGAGUUGCACACUGAACAAGCUGUUUGCAGCUAUUUUAAUACACAGUUCCUGUAAUCUUUAACUUAAGCUUUGAUUUUUGUUCCUUUAAUGAAAGUGCUCUAGUUAAACCACUGUAUGCUACCUACCAGCACCAAGGCUAAGAAAUUAUCAAUCUAUUACAAAUUAGCCAAAAGGAAAUUACCCUCUUGGCGUAAAUAAUGGUGAGGGAAUCAGUCUUACUCUCUCCUCUACUAAAAAUACAGCUACACAGAAUUAUGGUUUAGCUCAGGAAGAAGACUAAGUGCCACAUAUUAAGAGACAAAAGUUCUCACUGCACAGGUCACAGGAUCACUUCCCAGUUCUGGUGAUCUUCCUUCUCUUUCCAUCUAACCUUUCCUGUCACUCUCAAGCUGUCCUAACAAAUAUAGGCAACAGACCCAGCCAUAAUCUUUGAAAAAGAACUUAACUUACUUAUAUCUUUACAAAAUAAUAUUUUGAUCAUAUUAAUAACUUUAUUUUAUCAUAAUACAAACAAUGACGUGUGGAUAAAACUGGUUUGACAGGUGUUUCUUUAAUACGUUUAAGAGCAAUUACCUGUGAAAGCUCAAAGCCAACAUCACUGGUUGUUGCAACUAAAUAAAAGCCAAUAUUUACAAUUAUGCAGCUAAAGUAGGCAAGCUUGAUUUGUUCUCUCAUCCAGUCAUUAUUGCAUCGAAACAAAGUUGUGAUAGCGGCUGUAUAUUUAAGUUGUUUUACUCUGAUGCCACUUUGUACACUGAGCCAAGCCAAAACCCUCAAUGUUCCAGCUUUACGCCUGAAAAAAUGCAGCUGAAAUUGCCUUUCGGAAGAGGCUAAGAAAAUCACUACCUUUUAAAAUCUUCGAAUUUCUGCAGAUAAAAGUUUAUUUCCUGCUCCAAAGUUAUGUGUAAAAAUGACACAGCACUUUUUGAAAAUGAGCCCAUCAGUUUCAGUGCGGUCACGUGUGCAAUGCUCAGCUCGAAAUGUUAUUACUUUGUUUAUAUUCAAUCUGGGCCUUAUUAAGGGUGCGGCAAGAAGCAGUGUAGUUACAAGCUGCUGUCUCCUAUGGCACAUAUGUUUGCUAAUUAAAUCUGAUAUUGAUGACUCAAGAGGGUCCCUUUUAAAUACAGAAAUGCCUGAGUUACAGAGCCGUUAGAUUUUAUAUUCAUGAAGACUUAAAGUUAUUGCACAUAAGCCUCAAUCAAAUAGUAAAAGAACAUGUUCUGACUACCAACUCAUACCUUAUGAUGUGGUUUUUGCACAGUAUGUCUUUGUAUGGAUGAGCACAUCAUCCAAAACAAGCCUACAAACUUCAUAUCAGAGCCCUUUUAGCUUUUAGCCACAUGAACUUUAUUUAUAGUCAGGGUUGUGAUUAAUGCAUCUAAUUAAAUCAAAGUCAGUUCUGAUGUUGAGGUUUGGAUGCUGGGUUAUGAUGUGGAGUCAAAUGUUGUUAUUUGCCUGUCAUAGUGAUUUCAUCCAGCUGAUUUGUUUGCAGACCACCACCUGUCUAAACAGGAGCAGAAUCACAGAUAAAAUGAGAAAAAUAUGUCAAAAUGCAGCUGUGACAUGACAUUAAGAAGUAGUGAUGCAGAGAGCAGUUUGCUGCAUCAGUGUUUUUUUUUCUUAAAUGUGUUUUUUUUUCCUCCUAUGCUGGAUUAGUGGAGGAUCAUGGUCCCUGAGGGGGAGAGAGUUCGCCUGACGUUUACCUCCUUUGACCUGGUCCCUGAGGUCUGUGGGGAUUUUGUUCAGGUCUACAAUGGUGACAAGGCUGGGUCUCCUUCACUAGGUAACCAUGACAUGAACCAUGACCAUGAAUUCACAUUGAGAAAAACUAAGAGGUGAUUUGUGUGUUUAAGGCAAAUGACAAUUUUCACACAUCAUCAAAGUUUACAUUGAAGCAGGAUCAGUGAUUGUAGAGAAAAAGGACAAGCUACAAUUUCAGAAUAAACUGUGAGCUUUGUUCACUGUUAUCAAUGUCAAGUGUGUGAGUCCAUGAAUAAUACAUGAGCUCAAUUAAAAGUUUGUCAAGUUGUGAAGAGAGCAGAUUCUGCUGGCUAUUUGAACUUGAUGAGAUUCGGUCAAUCUGCGCACUGUGCGAAGAGUGAUUGUUUAGCACUGAGCCUAUUGCCAAACAUAUUAUCUGAAAUCUCAGAGCUGUUGUGUUCAUUAAUUUUUCAUGCCUCUGUAAUUACUAAUCAAUUUAUAUCACUGACUGUAACUCACUAAAGGAAAGUUCUGUGGCGGGAUGAUGCCAAAGCCAGUGGAGUCCACCAGCAACACUAUGGUGGUCCGCUUCAAGUCAGACAACACUAGGACCUCAACAGGAUUCAAGGCCAAGUUCACAAAGUCCAGCCUUCCACCUGUUGUUAUUCCAACUACCACAGCAAAACCCACGACAGCAAAACCCACAACGGUCAAACCUACAACAACUGUAAAACCCAAUUCCACAACAGAGCCCGUCCCUGAAACCACGCCAACUGGUGGUAAGAGUUCUUUCCAACUUCACUUCUAUCUAUGUCAUUGAAUUUUCCUUCAAGAUAUAAAAAUAGUUUGAAAAGGCUCAUAUUCAUCUUUAAAUAUCUGCCAGGAGGGUCAACGUUUUCAUCGAUUACAUGAUCACAAUUUAGGCUUGGCUGUCUUGAUGCUUCUUGAGUCUGUUCACAAACAAGCAAACAACAGUAAGUAAAUACAAUUCAUGGGGAUACAUGAAUUUAGAUUACAUGAAGAAACAGAGCAGCUAUCUUGAGCAUAAAUAUAGAAAUAAAACAUCCAAUAUACUGCAUUAGUAUGCCUCACUGCCAGUUAAAAGCAUCAACACUAAAUAUUAGCUUCUCAAACCCUCAUUUUUUUUUGGCUGACUUUAUAUUAUUAUUCUGCGUUCCAGUUACCUCAGAAGUCAGAUGUCAGAGCUGGGAAUGACGUUACACCCAAGUUGACAACAUUCAAGUAAACAAGUCGGAAAAUCACGAUGAACGCCUACUGUUAGCCGUUGUUAGCUGUCUUUAGCCGUUGGUGGUUGCUGAUAGCUAUACCAGUUGUAGGAUCGUCCAAAUUUCCGAGUCAGGGAUCCAACCUAAGUGGUGCUUUCCGGAGGAAUUUCCGACUCUGAGCUCUGAGAUCCCAGCUUCCGAGUACAACUAUAACGCAGCAUUAAUCAGUUAACAAACUGUUUUCACUUAUCUCUUGAAAGCUAAAGCUGAUGCACAAUAAGGCCAUUAUUCAUGUAAUUAUGUAGUCUACUAGAGUGAGAGGUUUUCAACCUUUACACAACUGUGAUACCUCCUUGUACAGUUUUCCCCACACAAACCAAACACUUCCCUAAUGAGCUAGAAAGAAUAAACCAAGUUGCUCUGUGUGUGGGAGGGGGAGAUUCCCCUUGAGGUUUAUUUAUUCAUCACUGUGUUAAAGCUAUUGGCCGACAGACCAGUUCUCUCCAGUGGCCAAUUAAGGUACUACAUAAUGAGCCUGUUCAUGGCAUACAUUUGUGUAUGCUAUGUGUUCCUGAUCCAGUUUUCCUUCAAUUAACAUAAUCAAGUGUGAAAAUGAUAAAUUAGUGUUUACACUACUUUCUCUACUGUUGGACAGGGACUGGGGAUACAGUGAUCAUUCAGGGCCGUAAAGGUGUGAUCCAGUCCUCGGGUUACCCAAACUCAUAUCCUGCUCAUCUGAAGAGCUCCUGGAAGAUUUCUGUGGCUAAAGGGUUCCUGAUUAAACUGCAGAUCACAGACAUGGCCAUCACAGGAGAGACUGGACAGUGUAAAGAGGACAAACUGAUCAUCUCAGAUCGCUACAGCACACUGGGUGAGCUGAAGUUAAAUAACUUAUCCUUCAUACUGACUGCUUUAUUUAUUAUUUUGACUUUGGUCUUAAAUUCUGCAAGUUGGGACAAUGUACAAAUGUGCGCCUUGUCAUUCUUUAUCAGCUGAUUCUGCUUUUUCAGACAUGUCUUUUUUGUGGAGCCUGGAAAAGCAUCCAUUCUUGGGUUGUAUGGUAGGGGUGGGAAUCACUAGCGGCCCCACGAUACGAUAUUAUCGCAAUAUUUGGGCCACGUAUGAUAUUAUUGCAAUUUUUUAACAUUUUGCAAUACAGUGAGCAUUGCAAUACAGUAUAUUACAAUUCAUACAUUUUUUUUAAACUGUUUAGCUAAUUUAGCAUUUGGCUUUCUUUUAUGUUUGUCUUAUUUACACAGUAUUUUAUUUUCAUGUAGCACUUCUUGCAAACCUUAUAUAUAUUUUUGUUGUACUAACUUUCUCUAUGAUGUCCCCUCUGCCAACCUCCUUCGACAAACGGUUGAUUUAAUUUUUCCAUUAUCAUAGAUUCGACUUCAUAUUAGCAAUUAAUUUGAAAAAUCGAUACUUGGUAAAUGAGACAAUACGAUAUAUCACCGAUAUAUCACCAAUAUAUCACAAUACUGUGCUGUAUCAAUUUUUUCUCCCACCCCUAGUGUAUAUGACAAAACAGAAAAAUAUUCAAAUUUAAGUGGCCAACAAACAAGAAAAACACAGCAAACCAGCGAGCAUUUGAUAUCCAUAUGCUUAGAUUACAACCGGUCAAUAAAAUGUGGACUGUGACUUUGUUUUUGGACUCAUAGCUCCUGGAGUAUAAUGUUCUUACAGCUCAGUAUCUUUCCCCUGCUGUAAAACAUUCGAUUAGGAUCUUCUUUGCAGAGGCCCAGCAAACUAUAAAUUACCUCUCCUUAUUAUUCACUUCAGUGGCUGCAGUGAGGCUGAUACAGCUUUAUCUGUUGCUGAGUUCUCAAGGACUACGGCCCUGAGGUACAAACAUACACACGCAGAGAAAAGAAGAGUGCGUGUGGAUGGUAAAAUCUGUUAUUUCAGGGGAAUGUGAAAAAUUAGAAACAGACCUGAGCAGCUGAGGGGGUUUGAUUUUUAAGAACGAUGAGGGCGGAAAAGCCUCAACAUGCUCAUUGGACAGUUAACUUGUAAAAAAAAGAGAAUAGUCUUUAAGAAGAAAAAAAAUAUUGAUAACAAUUGAUGACAUUCUCAGAAUACAGUUAAACCACAAUAACAGGUCCAUGGUACAGACAGUGAUUCGCAUUAUACCUUUUGAAUCCUUUGUAUCUGACCACAGAACUUGGCUCUGGGUCUUUGGUUUUAUCCUCUUAGACGCCUCUUGUUAUCUUUUGAGCUGUUACGGAAGUUGUAAACUUCCCUUUUGAUUAGGUGGAUUUUGCCCCUGUAUCACGUAGGAUGAUGCAGCGUUUGAACAUCCAUUUGUCGCCUUUUCUCCUCUCUCAUUUCUUGACUCUGGGAAACCAAAAUGUGUCAACCCUGCCAUUUUUGCUGAGGCAGGUACUAGCAGAGCACAGAGGAUGAUGGGCAUGCAUGGGAUAAUGGUCCCUUGUAGUCUGCACUCAUCUCCACUCCAACACUAUGUGGCUGGAACAAAACUUCACUUCUGCCCAGUGGACACAUCAUUUGAAUACCAUGAGACAUCUGCUCCUCUUUGAACACCUUUUUGAGCUAUCUUUGACUAAAAUCAAGCCAUACUAAGCCAUACUAUGUGUCUGCAAGCUUACCAGCUCCUGCUAUCCUUAGUGUUGGAGCAUCAUUGAAAAAAACACUGUUAAUGCUUUCAGUGAUAUGGUAUUGGGUGGCUGAUGAAGUCUUGCUGUCAGGCAGCAAAGUCACCUCCAUUUGCCAGAGUUGUCAGCAUCCCCAUCCAUCAAACACCGACACAGUCUGCCUCACACAAACACACAACAACUUACACCGCACAUAGCUUACAUCAUUCUGUGCUCCUACCUGGUUAUGCUGCCUUAUUUUGACCAAUCAUGUGGUUUCUCUUUUUCUAUUGACCUCCAUCUAUUCCCUCUUUCCCUUUUCCCUCUCUCUCUCUCUCUCCUCCUCAGGCACACACUGUGGCUACAUCCUCCCCCCUGUGGUGGUCAGCGCCACUGACACAUUAUCUGUCACCUUCCAGUCCGACAGUCGCCUCACAGACAGAGGUUUCUCCGCCAAGUGGGAGGCUGUGUAUCCAGAGGAUAUCACAGGUACCAAGGACACAAACACACAUGCACCCAAUGCACGGGUGAGCACACUGCACACACGCACACACAGGAACACAUCCACACCUGAGACACAGACACACACGGCUCACACAGCUGAAGCAGCUCAACACCUCAUUAGGAUAAACCAUAAACUUCUCGCUCCUCUCCCACAUAUUUUAACGCAGUGAACACAUUGCAUAAGCAGUGUGAACUCUGUUGAAGCACAGGGCAGAGUACAGUGAGAAGCAUAAAAAGGUGAGAUAAAACUCCUCUAUCUUUUUCUUUAUAACUCUUAUCAGGCGUGGAGAGAAAAGAAGAACCCCCCUGCAGUUCAGGCUAAAGUGUUCUGCUUGAGAUCAUGCUUUCUCUGAAAUCAAAAUACAAACUGUUUCGCAAGCAAUUCCAGAAACUCCAGGAUGAAACUGUCAAACGAUAUGACUGCAUUUCAUGUUAUUAUAAAGUGUGUCUUUUACAGAAUGAAUAAUCUUUUCUUGCUAGCUAUGACACUAAGUUUAUUAUUUCACCUGCAAAUCCAGGGAAUCUUAACAAUUUAAAAAAUACAGUACAUUUGAAUGUUACUCAGUUAACACCAUAGACUGUAUAUACUAUGGACAACUUGGUUCCGCCUUCCGCCAGUAUACGGAUUUGAAGUCGAAAAGCUCUUGGUAAAAUUUUUCCUUUUCCUUAAACCAACAUUGUGCAGUAGCAUUGUACGCAUUCGGCAGGAGAGUCGCUGAGAGUCGCUGUGAUGACACUCGGCUCAAACAGCGAAUUCCCCGAGUGAGCUAUGCAAUCUUCGUACGCCAAUAGGCUGUAUCAAGUGUCAGUCAUAGAAAACAUGAACCCCCUAAUAACUUUUAAAAACUGUACAGGAAAAAGAGGACUUGAGCACAAACCAGUCUUACAAUAACUACAUGUCAACACCGCAACCAGGGGGGAGAAAAAUGUAUGUUCAGAGUAAUAAUUUUCAAAAGUUUGUCCACAGCCCCAUAGGGAUUGCUGGAAGAGGUGGGAUUAAUGACCUAUACUGCAGCCCGUCACCAGGGUGUGCUGUUCUCGGAGUGGCUUCACCCGGCAAGGAAGCAGACGCUGUCCAUUCUAUAUACAGUCUAGGGUUACACAUUAUCAUGUUAUGCUUGAUUUUAAUAGUUUAUUCUCUCCGUUGUUGUCAUGCUCAUGUACAAACUUGCUUCCAUGUUACAUCAGUUUCAGCUAUUUAAUGUCCCUCGUCCUGUUUCAGAGGUCCAGGGCUGCGGCUUUUCUUCCAAAGAGGAAACAGGAGUUAUAAAGUCUCUCAACUGGCCAAUGAACUACAAGGCUAACACCGAGUGCAUGUGGAACAUCGCUGGGCCUGUCGGGAAAAAAAUCACACUUAAGUUCACCCACUUUGAUCUGGAGGCCAAAGACUUCCUGACAUCUAAAUGUUUCGAUAAUAUUGUGGUGUAUGACAUCGAUGGUGAGACCAAUGAGCAGAUUCAAAAGCAUGGUAGGUGUGUUUUUGGAGCCAAAUCAAAACCAUCUACUUAUUACUGACCUCAUUUGAAUCCUUAUUCUUUGAUCUUUUAUCUGUGCAAUUACAGCCUCUUCAUCACAUUAUUUCAUGUAUAAAAAUUGUUCUUCGGUUGCAUUCUAGGCCCUUUCUGUGGGACUAAGCUGCCCUCUACCAUCCAGACAAAAGGCAACAGGCUGGUGAUUCGUUUCCACACUGACCUGUUCACUGAGGCCAAAGGCUUCAGGGCUUACUGGACAACAGACACAAGCCUGCCUGCUCCUACAGAGCCCCCUACUCAGCCAAACCCCUGGGAUGACGUCCCAAUAGGUGAAGCAUAAAUUGAACCUGCCUGUGGUGUCACAAAGACAAUGAAAGCUAGAAAAAGCUGUAAUUCUUGUUAGACACCUUUUGCACUAUAUCCAACAAUCUAACAAACCAAUGAGCCCACAGCAUAUACACACUGUACACAGCUUUUUAACUUUCAAUGCUCUCUUCUUUAUGUUUUAAGUUACUAAUAUUCACACGUAGCAGGUAGCACUUCUCAGUGCAAAACCUCCAAUAAGCUGGCUGAACUGAGCAUCUGAGUCCUGCCUCAGUGUUGAUCUAUUCAUGCUUACUCCCAUCAUUACAGCUCCUCCACACCCCUCUUCCUUGUCUGCACCCAGAUGUGCUGUAAAACAAGGUGAUAUGGUGUGUUAGCAAUUGUGCUGAAAACACAUCGAAAAGUGGCCAAGUGCUACACUUUUCUUCCUGGCUGGCUGUCACCCGAUCCUCAUUCUUCAGCGGUCGAUGAGCCCCAGGUGGCCCAAGCUCCUGCCAAGCCAAUUGCUGAAAUAGAGUUUUAUAGAUGGACCCUCUGCCUCUGGGUAAUUUUCCACCAGGGCUGUGACUAGACUGUACGCUGGACGAAGAAGAGGAGAGGAGUGAUAGAAGGAUAAAUCUACUAGCAUAAUUUAUUGUCAGCUUCUUGGAUGAUCAGUAGAAAGUCAUGGGUACAAAUGUUGGGAUGUCAAGAAGUCUGGCCUGAAAAUUGGGAUUUUUGUUCGCAGUUGGAGCGAAUAGGUUUGCAUGAGGAUACAAUAAAAACAAGGGGAUUAGUAAAAGCCAAAAACAUGGGGUUAUUGUCCACAGCCAGCAGUGUCCACCUUGUAUUAUUGGGACAUUAUUUUAAAAAAUACAAAUGAGAGCAUCAGAGCCUUUGAUUUAAAGCCAAAGACACAGGCUUAUCUGUUUGCUGCAGAUAUGUUCUGUAUAUCCAGGCUUUGUUUAAACACACACACACAAACCAAAAAAACAAAUCCGCACAUGCACAGACUGCCAAAAACAGGGUAGAUUACAAUGGUUUCUUUUUUUCUGCUAGAUUGGCCCAGUACAUGUGGGAAACCAGCAAUUCCCCCCUCUGUUAUGUCUCGCAUUGUUAAUGGAGAGCCAGCCAAGCCGCACUCCUGGCCCUGGCAAGUGUCCAUGCAGGUGAGAGACUCGGCUGGGAAAUAUAGAGCAUUCACACAACUCAUAGCACAACAUCUCAUCAGUUUCAAAAGUAUUCGUUAAAACCGGUAUGAUCUGUUCAUAACACAGUAAUGAGAGGUGUACACCAUUAGUUGUUUGUAUAUCUCAUAUAAACUGAUUAACUGUCUACAUUAGGUACACUUCGAGAAUUCACAGCCUGUACAGCGUGUAUGUCUAUAUCUAUGUCAAUAUUCAUGCAAGUACCUCUAGUAAGUUUUUGUCGUUUUUGUUGGUUUCUUUUCAGGUUUGGCCGGACAGUCGGCCAGAGCCUGAAUUCUUCCACACAUGUGGUGGCACUCUAAUCCACAAGAACUGGGUGCUUACAGCAGCCCACUGCUUUAUUAGGUAAAAAUCUGUUUUAUUAAAAUCUAUACACAACAGAACAAAAGCAUAGAAGUUAUCAAGUUAAAGCGGACAAAAAUAAUCACUUUCUAUGACGCUAAAUCAAGCCAUCCUGAAUCCAAACACCAUUAAAUUCCCAAAAGUUUUUACUUAACUUUCUAGAAGCCUUCUUGUGUAAUCUCAGAGGGCAGUUAUUGGUGUCUUUUACCUCAGGCUUGUUACAAUGCAUGAGCAAUACCUUGUUAGAGAUGGCUCAACGCCUUGGCUAAUGGUCUACAGUCUCCCAAGGAAAGAGAUGCUGGUGCACUAUGUAGCCUGUGUGCUAUAUAGUAUUCUGUGCUGCGCCAAGAUGUGGGAACACGUAGCUGCUUAAAUGCUGUGCAUGCAUGGUACAAUUUUUCCCUUUUCUGUAAUAGCAGAAACCCCACAGUAGAAAGAGAUUUUGCUGGAUAGUCCUAUCAGUUAAUGUAUAUAGGGCUUUGGCAGGGAUAUUUAUGCCUAUGUGGGACUGUUAUUAACUCAGCUGCUGAUUUAUCUCCCCAGAUAUGCUGAUGAGCUGCAGCGUUGGCGCAUGUGUCUGGGAAAACACAACCUGACCUACACAGAGCCUAGUGAGCAAUGCUUUGGUGUUACUGGUAUCUAUCGCCAUGAAGGCUUCAAGUAUCCCACAGUGCCCACGGUUGAGUUUGACAUUGCCCUGGUCAGACUGGACGGAGAGGUGAUACCGAGUGAUCAGGUCUCCUAUGCCUGCCUUCCCUCAGAAGAAGAGGUCCUACCAGGGGGCAAGAAGUGCUACGCCACCGGCUGGGGAGAUGAGACUGGUACAAGACAUGCAGUUCAUAGACUUAAUAGUUUGUCAUUCAAGUGUAGUCACAUAUUUUUACCGAUUGUCUGAGUCACUGAUACAGCACAGAACACUUGACUCUGAUGGAUCAUAGUUGCAUAGUUCAUGUGCCCUCUGCUGGUCUAGAUGUGCAAAUGCAUCCUGAGUCUAUGCUUCUCAGUGGGCAGUCUAACAUUUUCAUGAUAACUAGAGAUCAUUUGUUUUAUUUCCAGGUGAUUCAAUGAAUGCAAAAGUAGCAGAAGCCCUUAACCAGGUCGCUUUGCCUGUUGUGCCGUUUGACACCUGCAAGAGAAUGGACUGGUGGUGGUUCCAGGUCAAGACCUCUAUGAUCUGCUGUGGUUACACGCUGCCUGAUGAGCUCAAGUCUGUCUGUCAGGUAAGAAAAGCAAAAAAACAAAGACAUCCUCAAAAGUGCAGAGGUAGCACAGCAGCAGUUUUAUACCUAAACUAUCCUCACCAUAAGGAUUUUGCCUUUGUAGCUUCGCAGUGAUGGUAUUUAAUAACAUGCCUGAAAUCAUUUUUGUUGACACUCUGGACCUCAACAGGGAGAUUCAGGUGGUCCUCUGGUGUGCCAGGAUACUCUUGGUGGUCCUUGGGAAGUUCAUGGUAUUACCAGCUUUGGCCCCAUUGGAUGCAUAAUGAAUAAGAAGCCCUCAGUGUUCACCCGCUCCUCUGCCUACAUCCCCUGGAUCCAAAAUGUCAUCCGCAGGGACAUCUACAAUCAGCACAGUAUGAAUCCAGCUGCUCUUUGUUGACCUUUUUUAUCCAAAAGCUAAAUACGGCAAUGAGGCAGGUUUCUGACUGUUUUUAACCCUCUGUCCUGUCUUUAUAGCAUCUGGCUGUGGAGGGCCAAAAGACCUGAAUGGUACAGAAGGCACAGUGUCCUCCAUGGGUUUCCCAGGCAGCUAUAGCAACAAAGCCAGCUGUCAGUGGAACAUUCAGGUGCCCGACGGCAAACUAGUCCACCUCCGUUUCCACAAUUUCUCCCUGGAGGAGAGCCAGAUGUGCCUCAAUGACAAAGUUGUUCUCAGAGACAGUCUGGGAAGUCUAGGUUUGUAAACGUCUGCUUUCUUUUUCCCUAUGGCAGAAAAUUUAAUUGCAAAGUCAUCUAUUGGUGUUAUUACUCUGCUUUAUGCUGAGUAUGUAUGAGUACCAUGUAUGUGUCAAAACACAUACAGCCAUUACUGCAGUAUGUGUGAAUAACAUGUCACAGUUAAGUCCUACUUAUAUAACUUAAAUGCAACUGCUUGUUAAAAUCUAGAGUUGUUUUUUGUUGUUGUUUUUUUUACCUGGCUUGCAUUUGAACUAAUUUCACAAUUUCUUCAUCUUUAUGUAAUCCAAUCAGCGAAACAAAACAAGAGAUACUUGAAAUUAAAACAUAAAAGGUAUAUCAAGAAAAAAUUCUGUACAGUUUAUCAAAAACACAGGAUAAAAAUAGCAAUAAAAAGAUCAGAGCUGUGAGCAGUAAUUCAGAAAAAAAAACCCUAAUACCAGUUUCUAUACUCUGACAUGUAGGGCUGAGAUAUGGUUUUCUCCCCAUUUUAUUCUUCUACGAUUUCUUGGAUGCCGAUUCAAUUUAAAUUGCGAUUCUACGAUAUUGUCAAUUUUCUCAAUUUGUAGUCCGCAUUUUUAACACCAGUGAAACAGUUAAAUGAUUAUGAUUGUCCACUGACUAUUCCAGGAACCAUAUUUCCCCCCAAAAUACACAUAACAUGCAAGUCAGUUCUUAAGAUUUUUUUCUCCCACCCCUACUGACAUGAUGCUUUAGCUAAAGCUACUUUAGGCUUUGCUGUAGUACAGAAGUGCUUGAAGCUUCAUGGUACCAUCAACAUAAUUUAAAACUGUAGCACGAUCAUGCACAGCAGCCAAGGUGUUGUUAUCAUAGUUACCUUAUAUAUCUUGGGCUCAGUGAAGAAACCCAUCAUACCGAUAUUUAUGCCCUACUGAUAAACUACAUAAUCUACUACAUAGACAUUAAUGAUCAGCAUAACCCAUAGCAUUCAUCAGACCCAGAAAACGCCAAUACUUCCUACUCAGCCAUUAAUCCCCUAACAUUCCAUUCAACCUCAAACAAGAAGAUAUUCUUAAGCCAAACCUACUUAUAAGCCAAACCCUAUGAUUGCAAUGUGUUAAAAUCAUGGUACAACAGUAUUUUAUUCAGGACUGUAGAUGUCUAUAUUAAAUCUUAUGGGAAUUAACCAAUUAGUCAAUGCACAAGAGUCCAGUCGGUGGUAAUCAGGAGUCAGCUGACCCUCCUCCAUUAUCAUGUCUCUUUCAGGCCAACACUGCAGCCAUGUCCUGCCUAAAGACCUGGUGAGCAAUGGGAACAGCCUUCACAUCAGCUUCUCUUCCAAUGAUAGGGUGGUGGACACAGGCUUCACUGCAAGCUGGAAGGCAGUAGAUCCCUUGGAGGGUGAGACAAUGUCACUGACAAUAAACUAAGGUUAUAGCCUUCAGGCAAAGCAAGUGUAAAUAUUUUUUUUCCUUUUUCAUUUACUCUUUCUCUCUCAUAUCUACACUCACAGCUCCGUGUGGAGGAAGUUUCAGCAGUAGUCAGGGUGAAAUCGUCUCUCCAAACUGGCCCAAGGACUAUCAAUCUGAUUCAGUGUGCACAUGGCGUAUCGCUGUUCCUUCAGCCAAAACUGUCCAAGUAACCUUCACUCACUUUGAGCUGCAGGCUGUAAACAUGUUAGGGAACUGUGUGGAUUACGUAGAGAUUUUCAACGGACAAACCAUGACAUCAUUAGGUUGGUUUUUGGAUUAAAACAAAUUUUGUUUCUGUUUUCAGAAUUUUCCCCUCUAAACUCUCUUUCCUGCUUGUUCCUGUAGGUCGAUUCUGCGGCUUUGCCCCUCCAACCCCCAUCAGUGUGUCUGGCAACUCAGUGGUCAUCCGAUUUCUCAGUAAUGGAAACAAUCAACAGGCAGGAUUUCGUGGUUACUGGACCAAUGAUGCUGAUGUUAUCCCAACAUUACCUCCCCCUUCUCCAAAUCCAUGGGACAAUAUCACUAUCAGUGAGUGCAGGCUCAUUUUAACUUCUUAGCAGAGGUCUGAUUUUCAAAACUUAACAUGAAUUAACUUUUCUGAGGUGAAAUAAUCUUUAGGGGAUAUGUGAUUUAUUGCACAUUUUUCUCUUUCCAGACUGGCCUGUAAAUUGCGGAAACCCAGAAGUGAAACCCAACACACGUGCCACAAGGGUGGUUAAUGGGGAAGAAGCCACUCCCCAUUCCUGGCCCUGGCAAGUCUCCAUGCAGGUCAGCUCCUCUUUUUCUAUGCACCACAUUCACAAUAACAAGUGCUUUAACUAAAAAAGAUAAAACAAAUUGCACCUUUCUUCCCCAGGCUUCACCAAUGUCCCCAAUACCUUACAUGCAUGGAUGUGGAGGUUCUUUGAUUCAUGAGGAAUGGAUCUUAACUGCUGCUCACUGUUUCAUGUUGUAAGUUACAGUUAAAGUAUGAAUCAUUUUGAAAAGUCACCGUCCUCUUGGCUGUAAUAUUUUUGUUGCAACAAUCAAAUGAUGAAGUGAAAGCACAGGGAAAACCAUUACAUAUAUUCGAGCUCUUCUUGACUGUUCAGUGAUUUCUAUUUAGUGUUGGCUCAUUGUUAACAGUUCACCAGCACAGUGUCGUGUGUACACUUUUAAGCUAAAUUAGAUCUCGUAACUGACUGUUAACUACCCAUUAUAUCACCCAGCUGACAAAUUUGGCUGCUACCACUUACUCAUCUAUGCUAAAUCUGAGCAAAGAGACAAAAAGAAGCAGAGGCAAAUGCAAAAUAUAAAACCCAUCCUUGUCGCACUGCAGAAUAAAAGCCUGAAUACCUUCUCCAGAUUUCGUUCCCAGGGUGUUGACACACAUAAAAAAAAAGGUUUAAAAAGAGUGAAAAUCUUGAUUGUGGCCAAACAUGGCCUGAAGUUCAUGUUAUCAUUGAUGUGCUGUGCUGUUUGAUAUGUUAAUCUCCUGCCCUAACAUACAAAAAACAGGCAUUAAAACAAGACAGCUUUAAGAGACACUAAGUUCAUAAAUCUUGAUUCCCAGCAUGCAGCACAAGAACGUGAAUAUAAUAUUGGGUUCUAAUCUUUGCCUUUAAACUUCCUGUUUUCUAGCCCGCUGAACAAACCCUCCUACUGGCGAAUGUGUUUGGGAAAGCACCACAUGAAUUCCUCCAUGGACGUUCCCUCAGCAGAGGAAUGCUAUAAGGUGGAUGGAAUCAUCCGCCAUGAAGGGUUUGUCUAUGAGCAAGAUAAAACCGACAUCACCAAUGACAUAGCACUGGUGCAUUUGGCCGUGCCUGUCAAUAUGACGAGAGAGAUCAGCCCCAUCUGUCUGCCUAAAGCCGGGGCAGUGAUGCCUGCUGGGACACCCUGCUUCGUCACUGGGUGGGGAGAUGAGAAAGGUAGAGAAAAGCUAACUACAGUUGUUUAUAUAAGAGGUUUACAUUGAAAAUAUUCACAUGGUCGGCAUUUUCCCCUAGUUUUACACUCAGGGUUAAAAGCUAAAGUACUAGCAUUGUUAUAGCCAGGAUUAAGGUCUUACAGAAAGAAGAAAUCUGAACAUAUCUUUCCAUCAUUUCUUGAUUUAUUAACAACUACAACCACAACGAUAAAACUAAGGAGACAUCUUGAUGUGCAAAAAAUAAAAGUAAUCCGAAAGCCAUUUUGCUUGUUAGACACCUACAGCUAGCUAAAACUUCUUUACCUUAAGUUUGACAACAUUGUAUACAUUACAGGCCGGCCAGGUUUCAGAAAAUGACAAGGGUGAGACUUAAGCGCUAUGAUGUGUUCGGCCACUGAAAAAUUUGGCCUUUUUUAACGUUGAUUUAUACCUUAAGUCUGAUGUCCUCACCUCCAUGCCAGCUGCUCUCCCUGCGCUGUGGCCUCCUAACGCUAGUCUGCUAGUCUUAACCUACCGUCCAUCUUCAGGAGAGCGGGAGAACGUUAAGUGGGUUUUAAAUGUUGCUGCUGUUGUGUGUGAGAGAUAGUUAGGGAUGCCAAGACCCGACUUACGUUGCCUCUAAUUGGUUUAUAUUGCGUGGUGCUUUCCGUGGUUGGUUAGCACUGAUGGAUUGGUCUGGGAUUUGUUAUCUCUGUCAGUCAAUCAGAGUUACUCAAGCUACAGCAAGUCAAGGUUAUUAUCAUGAAAAAAAUAAAUACAGAGUAUUGAAUGGGGAACUAUAAGCAUGAGAAAUGUCAAGUGUGGCGUGUGCUAUGAGCAUGGGUCAAAUAGCGUGACUGUCGCACUCAAAGCGUGACACUUGGCAGCUCUGAUAUUAGAGUUUAACCAGCUGCUAGCAAACAUUUGUGAGCUAGGGAUUCAUUACUUUGGAUCUCUUUGCAUGAAGUGAUGUAGCUUUCUAACACUACUGGUGAAUUUGAGUCAAAAUGUGCAUUCUGUGUCUAUGGCCUACUACUUUGACAGAAAUCUUUAUUUUUUGGUUUCUAUUUUAGGUAACCUGUUCCCAAAAGUGUCUGAGAAACUCAACCAAGCAGCCCUCCCUGUUGUUGACUUUGAGACCUGCAGUAAACCUGCAUACUGGUGGGACACCCUCAGGCCCUCCAUGAUCUGUGCUGGCUAUGAGUCUCCAGAUGAGCUGAAGUCAGCCUGCCAGGUAAAAGGGACACAUUCAGAACAAACUGAUAAGGUGGAUAUAUUUGUGAUGAUAUUGGUUGGUUCCUCUCUAAGUGUUUUUCAGUCCUUGUUGUGCAAGUGUAAUUGCCUCUCUUGAUUGGGCUCUCUGUUGCGUAAUUCCCUCAAAACUUUUUUGUUCGUGAUCAGUCAGCCUUGAUUACAGAUGGUUGCCUGCAUUCUGCCAUAAUUGGACACAAGAACACAGGAGCUUUAUUUGUUGUCAGAAGGAGUGUCGGCACAAAGACACAUACAAAAUUUCUCUCCCUCAAAAACCACACUUAUUUAAAAAAAAAAAAAAAAAAGGUGACCUAUACAAAAUCCAUGCUGCAGAGAUGAUUUAUGGUGGCUGUCAAAAUCAAGUGAUUAAUAAUGCAUCUUCCUCCCUGUACAGUGAACCUUUGGUAAUAUCCUUCUCUUGCUUAUCACAGGGUGACUCAGGAGGACCUUUUGCCUGUGCAGCAGGAGGAUCUAAGACAAGCUGGGAGGUACACGGUAUUGUCAGCUUUGGACCACAGGGCUGCAUUAAAGACAAGAAACCUUCAGUGUUCACCCGUGUCUCGGCAUUUAAUGACUGGAUUGAAGACAACAUCAAGAAGUUUAUUCAUGAGAGCGUCAAGACUAACUAA